CGUCAACUGCACCCCACUGCUCGCACCGCACACACGGACAGACCUUUCUCCGUUAGCUGCUACACGCUGUGGUGUUACUUCACCUCAAACAAGUCAACCAAACGGACUGACCGCCUGGAGGAGACGUUCAGGACGUGAAAACCGCCGCUGUCUUACUACUUCCUGGUCCUCCUUGUCAGGUUAGCCUCAGCGUUAGCUAGCCAGCGAGCUCGGCAGUCAUGAGGCAGAUGCAGCGGUGGAAGCGGUGUUAUGGACAUUGACAGGGGUGCAGUUGAGUAGCUCGCCUGCCCACAGCUCGGUGCCCAUAUUACAGACGUCCGACUUUGGGAUGUCUCGUCACGUGCGGACCGGAGACACGGAGGCGCGAGAGCCUCUUCUCACCGAUAACUGCCUGGAGCCAAACGAGCUGGAGUCGGAUGAAGGGGAAGUUAUUUUCGAGAGGAGGACAUCAAACGUCACACGUGAUUCUAGGGUGGGGGCACAGAGGAGACUGACAUAUGAGGAAGCAGUAGAGGAAGCAGGUUUUGGUUUGUUCCACUGGCUGCUGUUGGUGUUAUGUGGUUGGGCCAAUGCCAGCGAUGCCGUGGAGAUCCUCUGUGUGUCUUUUCUCCUGCCAACAGCUCGCUGCGACCUGCUGCUGAGCUCCUCAGACAUGGGCCUGCUGACUGCCAGCAUUUUCCUCGGGAUGAUGGUGGGCGGCUACAUGUGGGGCUACAUGGCUGACCAGAGGGGGCGUCGCAGGGUCUUGGUUAUGUCCCUCACAGUCAACGGGCUGUUUGGAGGUCUGGCCAGUGCGGCUCCGUGGUUCUGGCUCUUCCUGCUGCUGAGGUUCAUCAGCGGCAUCGGGGUCGGCGGGUCCAUCCCUGUUAUCUUCUCCUACUUCUCGGAGUUCAUGCCCCGUCUGAGGAGAGGCGCAAUGAUCAGCGCUCUGGCCACCUUCUGGAUGGCAGGAAACAUCCUGGCUGCAGGUCUGGCCUGGUUGGUGAUUCCAAGAACGUGGGCACAUUUUUCUCUGGGAUCACUGGACUUUCAGAGCUGGAGGCUGUUUGUGGUGCUCUGCUCUGUUCCCAGCCUCACCUCGGCCCUCCUCUUCAGGCUGCUCAUGCCCGAAAGCCCCAAGUUCCUCAUGGAGGCUGGCCGGGAGAAAGAAGCCAUCCAUGUCUUCCGAGUGAUGUUCGAGCUGAACAUGUGGGGAAAAGGAAAGGAUUUCCCGGAAUUUGGAUUGUGUGUCGGCUCCAAGCAGAGAGGGGAUCUGCAGGAGACCAGAACUCGGGGCUCACGCAGAGGGAGACUCGUCUGUGUUCUGAAAAAGGGCUUGGUGCCCAUUAAACAGAUGUUUAAAGGUCCGCUCAGGUCCAGGAGCAUCGUUCUGCUCAUCAUCUUCUACUGCAUCUCCUUCGGUUACUACGGGCUGUGGAUGUGGUUUCCGGAGCUGUUUGAGAGAAUUGAGGACGGCGGCUCGCCCUGUGCAAACGUGUCCCUCCCGUCUCCGCUCCACAACCAAAGCUGCUACCCCGUCAAGACAGCAGUCUACAUGGAGGGCUUCAUCAUCGCUGCAUCAAACCUACCAGGAAACAUCUUCACCAUUCUGAUGAUGGACAGCACCGGAGGAAAAGCUCUGCUCUCCUGCAGCCUGCUGGUGUCCAGUCUGAGCGUCUUCCUCAUCUAUGUGGUCCAGACCAAAGUCCAGAGCCUGAUCCUGUCGUGUGUCUUCAGCGGCGUGUCGGUGAUCACCUGGAACGCCCUGGACGUGGUGGGGACGGAGCUCUACCCGACACAGCUGCGGUCCUCCGCUCUCGGUUUCUUCACGGGCGUGGGCCGAGUGGCGGCGAUCAUGGCUAACGUAGUCUUUGGAAAGCUGGUGGACACAAACUGUGCCGUACCGGUCCUGCUGGUCUCGGCUCUGCUGCUGACCGGAGGACUGGUGGCUCCUCUGCUUCCACAAACCAGGCAGACUGAGCUCACCUGAAUGCUCACACUCUGAAUGCCAUUGUUCUAAAUUAAUAAAUUAUUAGCAGACAUCCUCCUGAUGCCCUUCCGGAAGCAGACUGGAGGAUUGCCGCCUUUACAUCUCCUGCUUCUGCUCCCGGAGGAUUUUUGAAUGCUGUGCCUUCUUUCGUCUCUCUGUGCCUUUUCAUGGUGCCUCAUUUAAAAUGCCAACAAUAAGAGAACUUGUGGAAACACAGAGGGCUAUCUCCACCUUCCAAGAAUUAUUAUUCAGGAAAGUGAGUAAGAGGAAAAAGAAAUGCAUUUGUACCAGACCGUCAAGGACACCUUUGAAAAGUUUGUCAGUCUCUAAACUCGCCAAAAAUCUUAUCUUCCAUGUCAAAAAAAGUGGAGUUGAACAUAAUGUAGUGUAAUCAGCUGAUGUGGGCAUCAUUUAUAAAAUAGUGCUUGUUUUUUCACCUGCACGAAAGGCUCUUGACGGAUGUUUCAGGCAUUUACGUCUGAUUGACAGCAUCCAAAACUCUAAAUAAUCAAAGAAAAAGCUUUACAUUCCACAUCGUUCCCUCAGAAUCUGUUUACUGUCAUUUUACUUUGUUUUUCAGACUCACUGACCUGCACUGCCUCCAAUAUAUUCACAAACGUCUGCUCUCAAAAAAGAAAUCUUAAGUGCCCUUUUUUUAAACUGUUAGUCAUGUGUAACAUCUAUGCAACUGGGCAUCAUUUUCACUGUGAAAACGUGUUACUCUGUACCCAAUCUGUCAUUUUCCUGCACAAACUGGACCACAACAGUUCACUUCAUUCCUUUGGAAGACCAAAGAUCAUUCAUGUCAAAUGACAAUCAUUGUCAAAAGGACCAGAACAGGUUCAGAUAAGCCUCAUCACUGAUUCUCUUUGAAAGUACUUUGUGGCUACAUUGUUUUUGUUAAUAAACACUAAAGUUUUUUAGCUCUCA